UGAAGACGGAGCUGAGUGGAGGGUCCUGUGAUUGUCCCGCUGUUCUUUACUUGCCCUACAUGUGAGGAGGUGCUGUGGCGCCGCCAUAACGCCCCUGUGCACUGAAGCAGAAGGAGAGCAGCAUCACUGAGCAGAGUCACCACAGCGAGGGUGAGGGGAGGCACAAAGGAGCCGAGGAACCGGGGGUUUUAGGCUGCCGUCUCCAAAACACACACAGGCAUCGGGAAUGAAAACGUGGUGACACGGGGCAUUUCUUCCAGAUCUUUUGGCCCAGUCAGGCAACAUGUCCUUGUCCUUCUGCGGGAACGAUGUCAACAACUCCUACAGCGUGGAAAAGGGAGUCCUGAAUAAUGGCUGCUUUGUGGAUGCACUCAACCUGGUUCCUCAUGUCUUCCUGCUCUUCAUCACCUUCCCCAUUCUCUUCAUCGGUUGGGGCAGUCAGAGCUCGAAGGUGCAGAUUCAUCACAACACCUGGCUGCACUUUCCUGGCCAUAAUCUGCGCUGGAUCCUAACCUUCACUCUGCUAUUCGUGCAUGUGUGUGAGAUCGCAGAGGGAAUCGUCUCCAACACGUGGAUGAAGUCAAAUCACUUGCACCUUUUUCUGCCUGCAUUUAUGGGCUUCAUAGCAGCUACUACAUCAGUAGUGUAUUACCACAAUAUUGAAACUGCAAACUUCCCUAAACUACUUCUAGCACUGUUCAUCUACUGGGUACUGGCAUUCAUCACUAAAAUCAUCAAGCUGUGGAAGUUUGCUGAAGUAGGCUUAGGUGUGGAGCAUCUGCGUUUCUGUAUCACUGCUCUCCUGGUGGUGCUGUAUGGCCUGCUUAUGGCCGUUGAGGUCAAUGUCAUCAUAGUCAGGAAGUAUGUGUUCUUUGCCAACCCUCAGCGAGUGAAACCCCCAGAGGAUCUGCAAGAUCUGGGGGUGCGAUUCCUCCAGCCUUUCGUUAACCUCCUCUCCAAGGCCACGUACUGGUGGAUGAACCCACUCAUCAUCGGUGCUCAUAAGAGGCCCAUUGAACUAAAGAAGAUUGGUAAACUGCCCAUUGCCAUGAGGUCUCUGACCAACUACCUCCGGCUCAAAGAUGCCUACGAGGAGCAGAGGCAGAAUGCAGAAGACCUGGAAAAAUCACCGUCCAUUUGGAGGGCCAUGUACCGAGCCUUUGGUCGCCCCAUCCUUCUCAGCAGCACCUUCCGCUACAUGGCGGACCUGCUGGGCUUCGCCGGGCCACUCUGCAUCUCGGGAAUCGUGGAACGUCUGGAGAACAAUACAGAAGUCGUCAGAAUGAACAAGACAGAGGAUCUGCCUUUCGGAGUGUUCUUCAUGUCCUCCACGCAGUUGCUGCAGAACACAUACGUCCUGGCUGUGCUCCUCUUCCUCGCUCUGGUGCUCCAGCGCACCUUCCUGCAAGCAUCUUACUAUGUCACCAUAGAAACUGGCAUCAACCUACGAGGAGCGCUGCUGGCAAUGAUCUACAAUAAAAUCUUGCGUCUGUCCACCUCCAACAUGUCCAUGGGAGAGAUGACUUUGGGCCAGAUCAACAACCUGGUUGCCAUAGAGACCAAUCAGCUGAUGUGGUUCCUUUUCUUGUGCCCAAAUUUGUGGGCAAUGCCUGUGCAGAUCAUCAUGGGUGUGAUCCUGCUGUAUUAUUUAUUGGGGUUCAGCGCUCUGAUAGGUGCGUUGGUCAUCGUGCUGCUGGCCCCCAUUCAGUACCUCAUCGCCACCAAACUGGCCGACACACAGAAAAGCACGCUGGACUACUCGACAGAUCGCCUGAAAAAGACCACGGAGAUCCUGAAAGGCAUAAAGCUGCUGAAGCUGUAUGCCUGGGAGAACAUCUUCUGUGACAGCGUGCUUGAAACCAGGGGCAAAGAGCUGACCAGCCUCAGGACGUUUGCUUUGUACACCUCCAUGUCCAUAUUUAUGAAUGCUGCCAUCCCCAUUGCUGCUGUGUUAGCGACCUUUGUUACUCACGCAUACAUCAGCCAGUCCAGGCUGAGUCCAGCCGAGGCAUUUGCCUCUCUGGCUCUCUUUCACAUCCUGGUCACUCCACUCUUCCUGCUGUCCACUGUGGUCAGAUUCGCAGUCAAGGCUCUGGUCAGUGUUCAGAAGCUCGGAGAGUUCCUGCAGAGCGAAGAGAUUGGCGAUGACAGCUGGAGAAAUGGAGACAUGCCUGUGUCUCUGGAGUCCUGCAAGAAACACCCAGGGGCUAGAAAUAGGAAGCAGCCGCUACGCUAUCAGAUGGAUAACUAUGAGCAGCCCCUGCGCCGGCAGCUGCGCCCCACCGAGACUGAGGACGUAGCCGUGAAGGUGAACAACGGGUACUUCACAUGGGGGAGCAACAUGUCGACGUUGUCGGACAUCAACAUCCGCAUCCCCACAGGUCAGCUGACCAUGAUCGUGGGUCAGGUUGGUUGUGGGAAGUCCUCGUUGUUGCUGGCCAUGCUGGGAGAGAUGCAGACACACAGUGGAAAAGUCUACUGGAGCAAACUUCCUGAUAGUGAGAUGCUCCCCGACUAUUUAAGCGAAUAUGACUCUGAUUUUUCCCACGAAGAACGGAGUAAAAACAGGUACUCUGUGGCCUAUGCAGCUCAGAAGUCGUGGCUGCUGAACGCUACAGUAGAGGACAACAUCACAUUCGGGAGCCCUUUUAACAAGCAGAGAUACAAGGCUGUGAUUGACGCUUGCUCUCUGCAGCCAGACAUCGACCUUCUUCCUUUCGGAGACCAGACAGAAAUUGGAGAAAGAGGUAUAAAUCUUAGCGGUGGCCAGAGACAGAGGAUCUGUGUGGCCAGAGCUCUCUACCAGAACACCAACAUCGUUUUCCUGGAUGACCCCUUCUCUGCUCUGGACAUCCAUCUAAGUGACCAUCUGAUGCAGGAGGGCAUUCUGAAGUUCCUACAGGAUGAUAAACGCACCGUGGUUCUGGUCACCCACAAACUACAGUACCUUAUUCACGCUGACUGGAUCAUAGCUAUGAAAGACGGCUCUGUGUUGAGAGAAGGAACGCUUAAGGACAUCCAGACUCAUGAUGUGGAGCUGUAUGAACACUGGAAGACGUUAAUGAACAGACAAGACCAGGAGCUGGAGAAGGACACAGAGAUUGAGAGUCAGACUACUCUUGAGCGGAAGACCCUCAGACGAGCUUUCUAUUCCAGAGAAGCCAAGAACCAAAUAGAUGACGAAGAUGAAGAGGAAGAAGAGGAGGAGGAUGAGGAUGAUAACCUGUCUACCACCACCAGCCGGCGUUCUAAGAUCCCGUGGAAGGUGUGUUGGUGUUACUUGUCCUCUGGAGGAUUUUUAUUGGUCUUCUUGAUGGUCACCUCCAAGCUGGCCAAGCACUCUGUCAUGGUGGCCAUUGACUACUGGCUGGCAGCCUGGACCUCCUCAGCUCCAAAUGAACAAAACAGCUCCUUCAGCCUGGAUGCUAACGCCACCAACAUCAGUGAGACCAUAAGGAACGCCGAGCAUCGAUCCUACGUGCCGGUCUUCGUUAUCCUCUGUGGAGCGGGAAUAUUCCUGUGUCUCAUCACUUCUCUGAGCGUAGAGUUUCUGGGCCUUUCUGCAGCCACUAACCUGCACCAUAACUUACUCAACAAGAUCAUCCAUGCUCCUCUUAGAUUCUUUGACAUCACCCCACUCGGUCAAAUCCUCAACCGUUUCUCUGCAGACACCAACAUUAUUGAUCAGCACAUUCCUCCAACGCUGGAGUCUCUCACUCGCUCAACUCUCCUCUGUCUCUCAGCCAUUGGCAUCAUCACUUUUGUCACACCAGUCUUCGUCACUGCGCUGGUGCCCCUCGCUGUGGCCUUCUACUUCAUCCAGAAGUAUUUCCGGGUUGCCUCCAAAGAUUUGCAGGAUCUUGACGACUCCACUCAGCUCCCGUUGCUCUGUCAUUUCUCGGAGACUGCAGAAGGCCUCACGACCAUUCGAGCGUUCAGGCACGAGGCUCGUUUCAAGCAGCGUAUGCUGGAACUGACUGAUACCAACAACACAGCGUACCUCUUCCUCUCUGCUGCCAACCGGUGGCUGGAGGUCAGAACAGAUUACUUGGGUGCUGUGAUUGUACUUACGGCUGCUGUGGCUGCCAUCUGUUCCUUCUAUGGGCUCCAGUCUGGCCUAGUUGGCCUGGGCCUAACAUACGCCCUCACUGUGACUAAUUAUUUGAACUGGGUGGUGAGGAACCUGGCAGAUUUGGAAGUUCAGAUGGCUGCAGUUAAGAAGGUCAACAGCUUCCUGACCACAGAGUCCGAGAACUACGAGGGAUCCAUAGAUGUGUCCCAGGUUCCAGAGGACUGGCCUCAGCAUGGUGAGAUUAAGAUCCAGGACCUGUGUGUGAGAUAUGACCCCAUGCUGAAACCCGUUCUGAAGCACGUUAACGCCUUUAUCAACCCUGGACAGAAGGUGGGCAUUUGUGGUAGAACAGGCAGUGGAAAGUCCUCGCUGUCUCUGGCUUUCUUCAACAUGGUGGAUGUGUUUGAAGGAAAGAUCAUCAUUGAUGGCAUUGAUAUUUGCAAACUGCCCCUGCAAACCCUGAGAUCCCGUCUGUCCAUCAUUCUUCAAGAUCCAGUCCUGUUCAGUGGCUCCAUCCGGUUUAAUCUUGACCCGGAGCGCACCUGCUCUGACGACAGGCUUUGGGAGGCCCUGGAAAUUGCACAGCUGAAGAAUAUGGUCAAAACACUUCCAGGAGGACUGGAUGCUGUAAUUACGGAGGGAGGGGAGAACUUCAGUGUGGGUCAACGUCAGCUGUUCUGCCUGGCCCGAGCCUUCGUCCGCAAGAGCAGCAUCCUCAUCAUGGACGAAGCCACGGCCUCCAUCGACAUGGCCACGGAGAACAUUUUGCAGAAGGUGGUGAUGACAGCCUUUGCUGACCGCACUGUCGUGACCAUCGCACACCGAGUUCACACUAUCCUGACAGCCGACCUUGUGAUCGUGAUGAAAAGAGGGAACAUCUUAGAGUACGGUAAACCAGAGACACUGAUGGAGCAGGAGGACGGCAUGUUCGCCUCCUUCGUCAAAGCGGACAUGUAGGGGCGCCGACCCCGUCGCGCCGUCACCCCGUCCAUCCCACACAGUCCUCCUACGCGUCCUUCGCCUUAAAGAAGCACAGCAUGCCGAGUUCCCCGAGCGCCAGAAAGGACUGAUCUGUAAACUGACACACCGUCUACUCUACUCCCGCCUUGAACCUUUGAUCGUUUUACAUGAGAUGUAACAGCAGUAUUUGAUUUUCCUUUUUCUUUUCAUGCUUAUUCUUUAUUACGUCAUGUGUACAUUAAUACUUGUGAGAAAUCAGCAGCUAAACGUCGUCAUUAGAAAACCUCACGUCUUCAGAUUGGUGACCUCAUCGAAGAAAAGGUUGCAGUGGUUUUCUUAUGAUUGAUAAUAUACUGUACUAACUGGUACCAACACUGUACAGGGUUGCCGGCGCAUGAUAAAAGCCUGCAAACUGUCUGUCUGUCUGUCUGAUGUGCAUUGCUGACGAGUCCUCGGGAAGACGGAGGAAGGCUGCCCGCACCUCAGGAGCACAAAUAACUAUGCAAAGAGACUUUUUUCUAACAGCCAGCAAAUCUCAAUCCACGUACAGCCUCUUUCAGCGACAAAGAAUGACAGCUUGUGCUCUGUGGGGACGCGGCAGACCCUCCACCAAAUGUUUUAUCUACACUAAAGACUUUCUAUUUUGCACUGUACUGCUUCACUGCUAAAGCCAAAUCCUAAUUUAAGCCUCCAGCUUUAGAUUUGCUCUUUUGUUUACGCUGCUCGUAGUUUUUCUGGCACCACAUGGCACGAUAACUGUAACUGUAGUAAGUCUGUAAAGAACGGAUGCACUAAAUUGACUUGGUUCAAAUGUGUCUAUUUGCUUCAUUUCCACGUGAAUAAAAUACAUCCGUACGAUUAUCGCCGAAAGUAAGCAAACCGAAAGACAGUUGUGUUGAACUGUUAUUUAUGUGUGGAAGUGAUGUAUUAUGUAUUCAUUUGAGCCCAACAAGUUUACUCAGUCACUUUUUUCAGCGCAGGCGGACUGAGCCUAGUUUUGUUCGGUCUAGGUUGGACGUUUCUAGCAGUUAUUAUAAUAUGCUCGGUUUAACUCUUUGCUUCAUGUUUUAAUAUGAAAUAAUAUUGCGGAGAACACUGGUCUAGGAUCUCUUCACACCCGAGUGAUCCAGUUAACACAUUUCUGCCACUGUUUCUCUCCCGGCUCUUAAUGGAGACCACUCUGCUGCGAUGAGCAGACAGAAUGUUUAACACUCUCCUCUCUGGAGCCAGUAGAGCCAGCUGUUCUUAUAUAAACUGAGCAGCGUGUAGUCCUCACACAGCAAAAGGACAUGACCCUCUUUCGGUCAUAAUCCCUCUCCAUACGUUUUUACUGUAUGGGAAAGUGCUGCUGCUGGACAAACCGUAGCGAACACACUUCACUCCGGAGGGUCAUUUUUGUGGACACGCUGCUAUUCGCCAAACAUCACCGCAUACCACUCUACGGCUUCGGCCUUCGUCGUAUCAGAAAAUGUCAGAAGAUGUUUUUUUUUCUCUUCGCAUGAUGCACAGCGAUGUGCCGAAUGAAACCUGCAGUACGUAUUUCAUGCUUUUUGUGUUGGAUUGUCUUAAAUGUACAUAUGUAAUUAUGGUUAGUAGCAUAAACAUUUAACAUGUCAUUAUACUGUGUGCCUAAUUUUUUACACUUGAAUAAAUUUGGGUGAGAUUUGGG